CAGCCCUGCGGUGACAAGUACCCAGAACCAGCCUGGGGCUGCCCCACCUGCUGCCUGGAACCAGGAUUCAACAAGGGAGAUUCAUGACCUCUGCCUCCCGCUGUCCCAAGCCUCUGCGGCGGGACCGGGAGGGUAGGGUGGGGCUUCAGAAGGAGCCGCUCUAGGCCGAGUCCAAAGGAAAUCCCCAGGUCAUCUGUGAGCGGCGAGAGCUCUGACCCGUCUCUGAGAGCAGGGCCCGACCGUCCCUCGUUCCCCGGGUAGGGGGAGCAGGCCUGGAUGGGCUGCCAAGGUGCCUGUCAGUGAGUGUAAACACUCCUGUCGUGGCUGACUGCAAGCUACCACCGAUUCAACAACUGGUUCCUGAAACUUGAACAAUCUGGUCAUGACUUGAGCUGCUCCAGUGCACCACUGCCUGUGGGAGACCCCUGAGCAGGGGUCCGCAUGAUAAGCCUUCUGCAGGCAGAGUCCUGACUGGAGGCGUGAGCUGGGCGGCCCCAGCAGUGGUUGUGAUGACAGAGGCAGAGGCAGAGGUGGGGGCGGCACUGGAGCUCAGCGGGCUGCCGCCCCACGUCCCCGACGAGCUGCUCACACUCUACUUUGAGAACCGCCGACGCUCUGGUGGGGGUCCUGUGUUGAGCUGGCAGAGACUUGGCCGCGGGGGUGUACUCACUUUCCGGGAACCUGCAGAUGCAGCGCGGGUCCUGGCCCAGGAGGAGCACAAGCUUCAUGAUGCUCAGCUGAGCCUGCGGCCUGCCCCGCCCCGCGCCCCUGCCCGCCUGCUGCUCCAAGGACUGCCCUCUGGCACCACCCCCCAGCACUGGGAGCAGCACGUCCAGGCCCUGCUGCAGGUCACCGGACACCCUGAGCAGGCCUGCCGCGCCCUAGACAGUCCACGACCAGACCGGGUCCUGGUGCAGCUGCCCAAGCCCCUCUCUGAGACAGAAGUCCGUGUGCUGGAGGAGCAGGCCCGGACCCUGAGCCUGGAGGGGCACCAGGUAUCUGUGGUGCGGGUGCCACAGGCCCGAGCUGUGCGUGUGCUGUGGGGCUCCUCCCCUGUGGACCUGCUGCUGCUGGAGCUGUACUUGGAGAAUGAGCCCCGCAGUGGGGGCGGUCCCCUGGACGGCCUGCGCAGCCUACCCGGGGCCCUGGGCACCGUUGUCUCCUUCCAGCAGUGGCAGGCGGCUGAGCGGGUGCUACAGCAGGAACACCAGCUGCAAGGCUCAGAGCUGAGCCUCGUCCCCCACUACGACGUCCUGGAGCCUGAGGGGCUGGAUGAGAACACCAGCGGAAGGGACCACUCAGCCAAGUUGGGACCUGGGGCCACUGAGCAUGCUCACCUAGAGGCUGGAGGGCCAGCGAGAGCACUGAUGGAUGUGGGGACUGUGAUCUUGGGCUCCGAGGAGCCACCAGGACAAUCGAGAGCCUCGCUAAGUAGAGGUCCCAUAGGGUCUCUGGAACAGGCUGGGCCACUUAGCUCGGGGCCUAUGGGGUCAUUGGGACAGGCAGGGCUGGUAAGCUCGAGGCCUACAGGAUCUCCAGGCACAGUAGGCUCAGAGAUUGCCACAGGGUCACCAGAGCAGGAGUGGCUGGAAAGCCUGUGGCCUGUGGGGUCACUGGAGCAGGAGGGCCUGGAGAGCCUGGGGCACGUGGGGUCACCGGAGCAGGAGGGCCUGGAGAGCCUGGGGCACGUGGGGUCACCGGAGCAGGAGGGGCUGGUGGAGGUGGUGCUGUCGAUGGAGCCGGGAGCCAUGCGCUUCAUACAGCUCUAUCACGAGGACCUGCUUGCUGGCUUGGGAGACGUUGCCCUUUUCCCACUUGAAGGAUCAGAUGUCACUGGCUUUCGGCUCUGUGGAGCCCUGGCCCCAUGCCAGGCAGCCGAGGACUUUCUGCAAAGUCUGCUGUGCAGCGUGAGCUGUCACAUGCUGAGCCUGAAGCACCCGGGCAGCGCCAGGUUCCUGCUGGGUCCACAGGGGCAGCACCUCCUUCGGGGGCUGGAGGCUCAGUUCCAGUGUGUCUUUGGGACAGAGCUUCUGGCCAGGGACACCCUGGACAUGGACCCUGGAGAGGUGGACCCCACUGAGGCCCUCCAGGCCCUCCCUGGCCAGUCCCACACUCUGUCUCCCCCAGGCGGUGACCAGGAGAACCCGAGCCUGGAGGAGGUCCAAGAGCUGCUGGCCACCCUGGAGGGCCUGGAUGGGGAGGACUGGCCACCCCUGGAGCUGGGUGAAGAGGAACCUGAGGAGGAGCCUGCCCCCAGGGGUGGCGAGGAGCCCUUGGCCCCCAGCAUGGGGGCACCGGGGUGGCUGAAGGAGGAGGCCGCACUGCAGCUGGCUCUCCACCAGUCACUGCAGCCACAGGGCCAGCUAGCUGAGCAGAAGGAGGCUGCUGCCCUGCAGCAGGCCCUUGCCCUGUCGCUGCUGGAGCCAAGCCCGUGGGAGGCAGGAGAGCUCCCGGGUGGGGCUGCUGGUGGGGCCCAGCUGGUGGUGCACGCGGCCUUUGAGCAGGAUAUGGACCAGUUGGACCGGGCCGUAGUGGCAGCCUUGGAGCUUCAUCUCCGGGAGGAGACGGUGGGGCUCCGGGGCCACGUGCUGCCCACGGAGCUGUGUGCCCGCCUGGAGUGGUGCCACAGCGUGAGUGUGACCCUUGACAGUGAAUGCGCCAUCUUCCGUGGCUUUGGGGCCCAGCCCAGCCGUGCAGCCCGCCACUUAGCGGCAUUGCUGGCUGGCCCCCGGGAUCAGAGUGUGGCCUGUGUCUCGGAGGCUUCGAGCCCCACCCUGCCCCAGCAGAUGCCGAACGGGCCCUUGGGUAGGCUGGAGUGUCUGGGCGAGAGCAGCAGGGAGUUCCAGGCGGUGGUUCGGGCCUUUUACGACACGCUGGACGCUGCCCACAGCAGGGUCCGCAUCAUCCGGGUGGAGCGCGUGUUGCACCCGCUGCUCCGGCAGCAGUACGAGCUGCACCGGGAGCGCUUGGUGCCACGCUGUGAGCGGCGCCCAGCCGAGCUCGUGCUGUAUCAUGGCACCACGGCAACCGCUGUCUAUGACAUCUGCGCGUAUGGCUUUAACCGCAGCUUCUGCGGCCGCAACGGCACGCUCUACGGGCAGGGCGUGUACUUCGCCAAGCGUGCCUCCCUGUCGGUGCAAGACCGCUACUCGCCCCCCAACGCCGAUGGCCACAAGGCCGUGUUUGUGGCGCGGGUGCUGACGGGCGACUACGGGCAAGGCCGCCAGGGGCUGCGGGCGCCCCCUCUGCGGGCCCCGGGCCACACGCUCCUACGUUACGACAGCGCUGUGGACUGCCUCCACCAGCCCAGCAUCUUCGUCAUCUUUCACGACACCCAGGCGCUGCCCACCCACCUCAUCACGUGCGAGCACAUGCCCCAGGCUCCCCCCGGGAACCCCUCUGGGCUCUUGGGCCAAUUCCCAGCCACUUAACUCUAGAGGCCCCGCAUGACCCUGCCUUUGGCCUCAGGCUCCCCAGGCGCCCGCUCCGCACAGCCUUACCGUCCCCUGGACUGCCUGAGCUGCCCCUGGGGGUGUCCCUGCCACCUGCUGCGGUGCGGAGACCGGUGGUGCGAGAACGAGGGCUGGGGUCUGGUACCCGCCUGAGUCUGCCCAACCACCAGGGUUCAGCAGAGCUGGGGCGGAGGGCCCAGAGCCCAACACCCUCGCCUCGGCCAGACCUCACCCAAACGGACUCUGUCAUUUGAAUAAACGUGAAGCCUGGU